AUGGGGGAUCCUCUCGAAAAGGCCAGGAGUUCUUCCGGAUCUUCUAGGAAGAGGGCAGGAAGUUCCAAGCUUCAGAAGGAAGCAGGAAACAUUCUCUCAGAACAAAGGUUAAGAAGGAAGGUUCCUUCAGAAGUCUCUCAGAAGGAGGGCAAAGGUCCUCUCAGAAGAAGGAAGGUCCUCUCAGAAGAAGGCCAGAAGAAGGUCCUCUCAGAAGGAAGGAAGGUCCUCUCAGAAGAAGGAAGGUCCUCUCAGAAGAAGGAAGGUCUCUCAGAAGGUCCUCAGAAGUCAGAAGGUCCUCUCAGAAGGCCAGGAAGGUCCUCUCAGAAGUCAGAAGCCAGGAAGGUCCUCUCAGAAGGAGGCCAGGAAGGUCCUCUCAGAAGAAGGCCAGGAAGGUCCUCUCAGAAGGAGGCCAGGAAGGUCCUCUCAGAAGAAGGAAUCCUCAGAAGGAGGCCAGGAAGGUCCUCGAGGCAGGAAGGUCCUCUCAGAAGAAGGCCAGGAAGGUCCUCUCAGAAGGAGGGCAGGAAGGUCCUCUCAGAAGAGGCCAGGAAAGUCCUCUCAGAAGAGGCCAGGAAGGUCUCAGAAGGAGGCCAGGAAGGUCCUCUCAGAAGAAGGCAGAAGAGGCCAGGAAGGUCCUCUCAGAGGCCAGGAAGGCCUCUCAGAAGGAAGGCCUCUCAGAAGAAGGUCCUCUCAGAAGAGGCCAGGAAGGUCCUCUCCUCUCAGAAGAAGGCCAGGAAGGUCUCUCAGAAGAAGGCCAGGAGGUCUCUCAGAAGGAGGCCAGGAAGGUCCUCUCAGAAGAAGGCCAGGAAGGUCCUCUCAGAAGGAGGCCAGGAAGGUCCUCUCAGAAGAAGGGCAGGAAGGUCCUCUCAGAAGGAGGCCAGUCCUCUCAGAAGGUCCUCUCAGAAGGAGGCCAGGAAGGUCCUCUCAGAAGGAGGCCAGGAAGGUCCUCUCAGAAGGAGGCCAGGAAGGUCCUCUCAGAAGGAGGCCAGGAAGGUCCUCUCAGAAGGAGGCAGGAGGUCCUCUCAGAAGGAGGCAGGAAGGUCCUCUCAGAAGGAGGCCAGGAAGGUCCUCUCAGAAGGAGGCCAGGAAGGUCCUCUCAGAAGGAGAAGGUCUCUCAGAAGGCCAGGAAGGUCUCUCAGGAAGUCUCUCUCCUCUCAGAAGAGGCCAGGAAGGUCCUCUCAGAAGAGGCCAGGAAGGUUCCUCUCAGAAGAAGGGCAGGAAGGUACUCUCAGAAGAAAUAUAGGGCCAUGA